AGCUUCAUAGAUGUUCCUGAUCAGCAUGAGAUAAGUGGAUUACUUCUGUGUGUUGAGCCCCAAAUCUGUUGGGAUUUUGAAUCCUUCGGUUUCCGGAUUGAACCAUGAAUGAUUUCGACUCGUGCAAUACAUGAUUGCUUGUCGUUUCCGUUCACAAUAAUAUUGGGUUGGCCAUAACAGUCCUUAUAACCAAGUCCAAUAAAGAGUACAGAUUUAGGGUUUAAAAUCGACUCUGCCCUAGGCCUUGCGGCUAUUCAGAAGUGUGUGUUCUUCUUCCUUCCCAACAGAACAGCGCAAAGAGGAAUAAUUGAGAAGCAUGUCCCUCAAUCUUUUGUCCAAGGCCAAAGCAAAAUUCAAAUCCUUCCUAAAUUUGUACAGAACUCCUACAAUCAAGGAUGAGAGCAAGUUUUUGGUGGCGCAGCUUGGAGCAUCAGGGAAAAUCGGCGAUGGAUUGUUACAAUACUCGAUAAUUUCGAUCAAGGAUAAAGAUCCUAAAUUCGAGAAAGAUCUAAUAUAUCCAUUGGCCAAGGAUCAUCACCAUCCCUCAUCUAUUUGCAAAGGUUUGUUGCUGCUUUUGGUACGGGGAAAAGAUACAAAGCCUCCAGGGGAGACUUUGUGGAACCCGACCACAGGGGAAGUCAAAACCCUUCCUCCACCACCCUCAUCCUUUGACUCCAGCAUGUCGCUCAAUCUUUUUGCCCACGCCAAAUCAAAAUUCAAAUCCUUCCUAAAUUUGUGCACAACUUCUACCAUCAAGGAUGUGAGCAAGUUUUUGGUGGUAUCACCGGAAGUGGACAAUGGAUGUUUACAUUACUCGAUAAUUUCGAUCAAGGAUGAACUUCCUCAACUCGAAAAACAUCUCGAAUAUCCAAUGGCCCAGGAGCAGGGUAAGCACUAUCCCUCAUCUAUUUGCAAUGGUUUGUUGCUGCUUUUGGUACCACCAUCGUAUGAUCCAGUUACCUUCGAAAUGAAAAGGCCUAUCAUCAAAAUGACAAAGCCUCCAGGGGAGGCUUUGUGGAACCCGACCACAAAGGAAUUCAAAAUCCUUCCGCCACCACCCUCAUCCUUUGACAAAAGGUGCGUGAAGAUGUUCCAAGGUUAUUUUGGUUUCGGGUUUGAUUCGGCUUCUGAGGAUUACAAGGUGAUAAGAUUGUUGAAGCUCGGUGAUGGCAAAACUGAAGGUUACCCACUCACUCCAGCUGUGAUGGCUGAAGUUUAUUCGCUCACAAGUAAUUCAUGGAAACAAGUCAGUGUCGUUCAUCCUUUACGUAUUCCACGACACUCUGGUGUUCACGUAAACGGCACUUAUUACUGGUUAAAUCUCUCGGAUCCUUGGUUUAUCGUGUCUUUCGACUUUGCUACCGAGAAGUUUGCUUCCUCUGUUAUUCCUGCGCCCCCGAGUGACAAGCUCACUCGAAGAAAUGCAUAUUUUGAUAAUAUCAAGCUCGUGGAAUAUUGUGGGUUGCUCGGUGCUAUGGUUAUCUCGGGUGGGAGCACGUGGCCAAGAUCACUAGGUGCUAUGGUUAUCUCGGGUGAGGACAUGUGGCCAAGUCCACUUGAAAAUCCGCGUAGUUUGGAAAUUUGGGUUUGGGAUGGCUCAUGGUCCCUGGUGUCCACGCUCACCGUCCCUAAUUUUGCGGGUUUCUGGACCCUCGUUGGGACUGAUAAAUUAAUUUUUUUGGACUGGACUGGUAAACCAAUGUUUUAUGAUUGUGCGACGAGCAAGUUGAAGACGAUACGCAGUCUGCCUACUUCUUUUAACGCGCACAUUUUUCCUUUCGUCGAGAGCAAUGUUCCGCUCGACGCAGCGCAAGAGUAA